AUGCCCACCGCGCCAGCUGCCGGCCAUGGCCGCAUUGACCACGCCACCGCGGCGGGGGCGGAGUGGGCGGUGGUUUCCUCCGCGGGCGCGUGGCGGGUGGAGGCGAUCGGGAAGCACCAGCUGAUGCGGCGGACGGGGCUGCCGGCGCGGGACCUCCGCGCGCUCGACCCGGCGCUGUCCUACCCGUCCAGCCUCAUGGGCCGGGACCGCGCCGUCGUCGUCAACCUGGAGCGCGUCCGCGCCGUCAUCACCGCGUCCGAGGUGCUCGUCCCCGCGCCCCGGGCCCCCGCCGCCGGGCCGCUCGUCGGCGACCUCCACGCGCGCCUUUCCACCGCCUCGCCGCGGGGCGGCAAGGCUCUGCCGUUCGAGUUCAGGGCGCUCGAGGUGUGCCUCGAGUUCGCGUGCAAGUCCCUCGAACAUGAGACUUCCAUGCUGGAGAAAGAGGCAUACCCAGCGUUGGAUGCGCUCACCUCCAAAGUCAGCACUCUGAAUCUCGAGCGCGUGAGGCAGAUAAAGAGCCGACUAGUUGCGAUUUCUGGUGGAGUUCAACAGGUCAGGGAUGAACUGGAGCACCUGCUAGAUGACGACACGGACAUGGCAGCCAUGCACCUGUCGGAGAAGCUCGCGUACCAAGCAGCCGGCCAGUCGUCCAGAUUCGACAUCGGCAAAGAACCGGCCGAAUCCGACCAAGAGUGGGAAGACAGCGAGGCCGAACAAGAAGACGUCGACGGCGAAGACCAAGGAUCCGGAGCCUUCACGCCCAAAAUCGACGAGCUGGAGAACCUGCUGGAGGCCUACUUCGUGCAGAUCGACGGCACCCUGAACAAGCUCUCCACACUGCGGGAGUACGUGGAGGACACGGAGGACUACAUCAACAUCAUGCUGGACGACAAGCAGAACCAGCUGCUGCAGAUGGGGGUGGUGCUGUCCACGGCCACGCUCAUGGUCAGCGCCGCCAUCGUCGUCACCGCCGUGUUCGGCAUCAACAUCCACAUCGCGCUCUACAGAAUCCCCAGCACCACCGUCUUCUGGGAGGCCACCGGCGGCAUGCUCGGAGGCGCCGCCGCGCUGUUCGCCGUCGCCAUGGUCUACUACCGGAAUAACGGCAUACUGCGGUGACCGACCUCUUUCUGUGCUACGUGUUGAUAGGUGGGCUCGACCAUUCUGUGCGAACUGUAAAUGUUUUCUGAACGUGCCAAACUUGGUCAAUACCAAGUUCCAAAUCUUAAAGUUUUGAAUUUUCAUCGAGGAUUUUCUGUGCUCAAUUUUGCAAAUCUUAUGAUCCGUGUCAACUGGCCACUGCCAUGUGGGGUCACGUCUCGCACGGGCGCAGAUCCUGGUCGGCACGCUUGGCAGCCAGCCAGUGGUGGAAACCAGCGAACUCUCUAUCCAUUCUUGACUCUUCCCCGCCUUCCUCUGCUCGCUCGUCCGCUCCUCUCUCCCCCGUCACCGUCCAUGGCGGCGUCCUCCUCCGCCUCCGCCUCGCCGCUCCUCCUCCCCUCAGGGUCGAGGCGUGCGUCGGCGUCGAGGGCGCGGCUCCGCGGCGGCGGCGCGUCCAGGAGCAGGGCGCUGGGCUCAGAGGCGCCGUGCUGCUGCAAGGCCCUCGCCGCCGCCGGAAACGCGGCGCAAUGCGGGGCGGCUGACAGUUUCGUGAUCAGCAGCGGGAGUAGCACCAGGAGGGGGCUCCUAGGGGUGGCCCUGGGAGCGUCUGCCCUGGGGCUCGCCGCGCUCGAUGCCGUCGCCGCCGGGCUGCCGCCGGAGGAGAAGCCCAAGCUCUGCGACGCCGCCUGCGAAAGCGAGCUCGAAAAUGUGCCUAUGGUAACCACAGAAUCCGGCCUGCAGUACAAGGACAUCAAAGUGGGCGAAGGGCCAAGCCCACCCGUUGGUUUCCAGGUUGCUGCAAACUAUGUUGCCAUGGUACCGAAUGGGCAGAUAUUCGACAGUUCACUAGAGAAAGGUCAGCCCUACAUAUUCCGGGUCGGAUCAGGACAGGUGAUACAGGGGCUUGAUGAAGGAAUUUUGUCAAUGAAGGUUGGAGGACUACGUCGGUUGUACAUACCUGGACCAUUAGCGUUUCCAAAGGGUCUUACUUCAGCUCCAGGAAGGCCAAGGGUACCUCCCAGCAGCCCCGUCGUAUUCGACGUCAACUUACUAUACAUACCGGGUCUUGACGAUGAGUGAAAACAUCCUGCUGAGACAGUCAGCCUUUUUUGUGUAGUACACUGCAAGAGCAACUUCCUGUACAUUCUUUUUGUUUUUUCCGGCUGCAAUUCCUGUGCAAGUAUUUGUGUCUGGGUACACAACAACAUAGUUGAAUGUACGUAAACUCACUAAAGGUACAAUAAUAUGUCAUACUAUGUGACAACAA